AUGGGUGAGGAUGGAGAUACCAGUGCCUUCAACAUCUCCUACACCAACUUCUUCCUGGUGGGCUUCCCUGGAUUGCGAGAGUGGCGGCGCCUCCUGGUCCUGCCUCUUACCUUCCUUUAUGUGACGAUCAUCUCUGCAAACGUCCUGGUCAUCCACACGGUGGUGGCCCAACGGAGUUUGCAUCAGCCCAUGUACAUGCUCAUCGCCCUGCUCCUGGCUGUCAACAUUUGUACUGCCACAGCCGUGAUGCCCAAAAUGCUGGAGGGCUUUGUGCAUUAUGCUAACCCCAUGUCACUGCAUGGCUGCCUGGACCAGAUGUUCUGUAUCUACUUUACUCUCCUGGACUACAAUCUCCUGCUGGCCAUGGCCCUAGACCGCUACGUGGCCAUCUGUCACCCACUCUGCUAUACUGACCUGAUAACCUCCCACCUGCUGGGAGUGCUGGCCAUUCUUGCUCUGACACGGAGCCUGGAAGUAGCAGUGCCUUUGGUGGUGCUAACGUCACGAGCUCAAUUCUGCCAGACAAUGGUGAUUCGACACUUUGCCUGUGAGUACAUUGCACUGCUGAGCAUAGCUUGUGGAGACUUGACUUUCAACAAUGGGUUGGGACUGACCAUGCGGUUGGUCACUAUGACCUUGGAUCUAGCCCUGCGAGGGAACUCCUAUACACGCAUCAUCUAUGCUGCCUUCCGGAUCUCUUCUGGGAGAGCCUGAGCCAAGGCCUUGCACACAUGUGGCUCCCACUUACUGGUCACUAUCUACCUCUCUGGUCUCUCCACCUCCAUUGUCUUCCGAGUGGCCAAGACUGUGUCUCCGGAUGUCCAGAACCUGCUCAGUGCCAUCUACAUGCCACUCCCAGGAUCCUUGAAUCCUAUCAUUUAUGGAGUACAGACCAGGGAGAUCCGGCAACAUGUGGAAAAGAUGCUCUAUAGCAAUAAAUCAGCCCAGGAGGUUGGGGAGAAGCCAGAGACUGCAGAAUAUGAGAGUGGAGGGGCAACUGCCAGAGUGAAAGGACUUUAUCAACUUGGGAAGUUGGGGUUGUGA